UUUUGUCUGUGCUGCUGUGCGAAUUCCACGGAGGAUCUGGACAGCUUCUUCCCCUCCAUUCAGCAAACAGCAAACUCUCGACUUCACUCCGCGAGACCAGUGAAGACUCAUCACAAUGGGCGGAAUCGGUGAUCAACUGGCCUAUGUGCCGCAGCCUGUCCAGCUUUUGCUGGCUGGUAUUGGUGCUCUCUUUCUUACCUCCAAGGCCCUGAGCUAUGUCAAGUUCGUCCUUGGUGUCUUCCUGCUUAGUGGCACCAGUCUUCGCAAGUAUGGCAAGCCUGGCACCUGGGCCGUCGUGACCGGUGCAUCAGACGGUCUCGGCAAGGAGUUCGCCCAUCAGCUCGCCAGCAAGGGCUUCAACCUCGUCCUCGUCUCCCGAACUCAGUCCAAGCUCGAGACCCUCGCCCACGAGCUCGAGGCCAAGUUCGAUGGCAAGAUUCAGGUCAAGAUCCUCGCCAUGGACUUCUCCCGCGACGACAACAACGACUACGAUAGACUCGCCCAGCUCGUCAACGGCCUCGACGUCGGUGUCCUCAUCAACAACGUCGGCCAGAGCCACAGCAUCCCCGUUCCCUUCCUCGAGACCGCCCGCAGCGAGCUCCAGAACAUUGUCGCCAUCAACUGCCUCGGCACCUUGAAGACCACCCAGGUCGUUGCUCCCAUCAUGCAGCAGCGCAAGCGCGGUCUCAUCCUCACCAUGGGUUCCUUUGCUGGCUGGAUGCCUACCCCUUACUUGGCCACCUACUCUGGCAGCAAAGCCUUCCUGCAGCACUGGAGCAGUUCUCUCGCGGCUGAGCUGAAGCCCCAGGGUAUCGACGUCGAGCUCGUUCUCAGCUACCUCAUCACCACCGCGAUGAGCAAGGUCCGCCGCUCAAGCGCCAUGAUCCCGACACCCAAGAACUUUGUCCGUGCCACUCUCAGCAAGAUUGGCUCUGGCAGCUACCAGAACUUCGCCUACACCUACACUCCUUGGUGGACGCACGCUCUUAUGUUGUGGGCUGUGGAAAGCACCAUUGGUGCCGCCCACCACCUGGCCCUUUGGUUCAACCUGAAGAUGCACGUUGACAUUCGCAACCGUGCUCUCAGGAAGGCGGCUCGCGAGGCCAAGAAGCAGUAAAUGGAGCAGAAAGUGUCAUCUGUUGUGGUUGAUGAACCGCGCAGUGUAAUACGCUAUUGCUUUCAAGGCUGGCCGGAAUGCUGUUUCGAUAUGCUGGCGAAACGAAGCGCCUGAACAAGCUUCGUUGUGAUCUCUUGUGAGAUAUGAAGCAUGGAUGAAAAAAGAACAUGUGGAUGAGAGGUGGAUGGCAGUGCCUUGGGCUCAGGGUGUAGGGGCCAUUUGCAUGAGUUACGUAGGGAUCACGGCCCGGGAAAAGUCAGGGGUUCAAAUGGAAUAGAAUAAAAAAGCGAGUACUUAAUAUGAAAUAAAGAAG